AAGGCUGGACCAUCAAUUCCCCAAUCACUCCUUUCCAGCAACCUGCAGCACUGCAGCACUUUUCCACUAUUACUUAUAAUCGUAGCGUAGAUACAAACAUGUUAUCAGAAUCACCCUCAUCCACACCUUCCCUUACUCCAGACUACACAGGCUCUCCAGACUCACCUUCGGGCACAGCAAAGAAAACGCGGAGACAUACCGCAUUUUACCCAAACAUGAACUCGUCAAAUAAGCCUGUAAAGCCUUUCAGUCGCUCUGCAGCAAAACGGGAGAGUGUCAUGGCCUUGGGAAGCAUCGAGCACCUGCAGCACUACUUUACAAAGACUGGCAUCGCUGCUAAAAGCAUCCCAUUAAACAAGGGUCACUUGGUACCCGCUAUUGGCAGUCUCGCAGCGUUCAGGUCAAAACCAUCCCUCGGCGGUAUAGCUGAAUUCCAGCUGCCCCCAUCACCCAUCGUGCCAGAAAUCUCAAGGCCUGCAUUCCCUCCCAUCGUCAAAACAUACGAGACAAAUCCAGAAGUAUUACUUCCAGGUGUGAUUGAAGAUAUCAUAUCUACCGCUCAUGCUUGGAGUCUCGACGAUCACCUCGCCGCUGGCCCCUCCCAUGACCCUCAGUUACUAAGUGCAGAGACAAAAGAGGGUAUUCCAGGAAACUUUGACGUUCUCAACGUUCUCAAGAUCACAACGCGUGCUAUACGAUCCGUGCGUAACUACGUUCUGUCCCUCCCAGACGAAUCAGCCGGCACCCUUCGCGCCCAAUUCCGUUCAAAAAUAGCUUCUGGUGGCCCAACGCCCAAACGACUUGUAUCACAACCUAAAGCGCAACCAGAUCCACUGAGCAUGAUCCGCAAGUCAGCUUUGGAGGUUCUUUCUGUGUUGCGUGAGCUCGAAGAAGCCUCACGCGUCCCUCUAUCCGAUGAAGCCUAUGAUGCACAAAGUGACCAUGGAUCCCAGGGGCAAACGUCCCACUCGCGCGUCGCGUCACCAAGCUUCCAUUCCGACUAUGAGGUCGACCUUCCCAAUGUGGACCCCGACAUGUCGUUUUCCUACGUGCGUGUUCAGGGGCGUGACGAACCUCUACCAGUAUACGAUGAAGAUGGCCAACCACUCAAUACAGGCGAGGAGGAAAUUGACAGACGCGAUCAUUGGGACGAACGACUUGUUCUUGGCGGUGGAUGGCUGUAUAAACAAGAUAUACGAUUGGAGAAUCUCGGAAAGGAAAAAUGCGCUGUAAAAAAAUACGUGGAUAUGGUGGACGAUGUACUUUUUGGCGGGGCAAAAGGCGGGAAGAAAGGCUGGGAGCGCGAGCGCGAGCGCAUAAUGAGAAGGGAUAAGGAAAGUAAGAGCAAAGGCAGGAGAGUAAGCGCUGGUGACGCAGAAGGGCAAUCCUUCCGUUUCCCCGAUCCAAGUGAACGGCCUUCACGCAGGGUAGUUUCUACCGGUAUGCUGGACGCAAUAGCCAACAUGUCACUCAGCGAAGAGCCAGAGGAGAUGGAAACUGUGUCUGAAGAAGAGAGCGUAGACGAGGAGGAUUUGCCUGACUGGGCAAAGCGAGGGUUGUUCCCUGAUGAUGCAUUUGGUCGAACUCACGCUCUUCUCCGAGCUCUCCUCCCUGAACAUCUUCUCUCAUCACUGCCAUCUCCCGAAGAGCGCCACGUCUUCCUACAGGGCAUCUCGUCUGGUCAACUGCUCUGCGUAGCAUACAACGCCGGCGUUCGUCGCUCUCGCAGACCAUGGGGAUACAUCAGUGUCGAUUCCAUCCACGACAUCAUCUCUCUCGAGCAAGCAGCAGACGAAGACGAAGACGACAAGGAAAAAGGCAAGAAAGGGUGGACGUUCAGACGAACCGAUAACUUGCGUCUAUGGGCUGCAGCUUUGAAGUUACGCUAUCUUCUUCCGAUCAUCGUACCAUCAACGUCAGAUCGACCUUCGGAGCUCAGACCGUCUCAGAUCACACCCUCCAGUUCACCAUCCAAGUUCCGCUUCCCCACUACAGAGCCUCCUAUCACUUUCGACCCCCGCCUUGUCGCGAGGAGGGAAGAUGGGUGGGAGAAGAUGCUGGAGGAAGCUGUCAUACAGUGGAUGAACGUCGUGGUCGAUGAGCGGCGAGGAGACCGCUAAAUCUCGUUACAUCUUUGGCCACAAAAUCAUACGUUAAGUCCUGUUCAGUGAUUCUCUCGUGACGCUACCUCUUGCCAGUGAAGAUAAAAUAUUAUUAAAUAGCAAUAUAGUAACCGUUGUAUCGGCCCCCUUCAUUUUACGUUCGUUUUAUAACUAUCACCCUAGUAGGAUAUCACUUAUGCACAUAUACCAG